CGACCGAUGGGAAGCCACAACUACAGCAGCAGCGAGUACGAGUACCUCGUGACGCAGCCGCAGUACUCGUCCCGACUGCUCAAGUCGUCGUGCUUGACGGCGCUCUCGGCCUUCUCGGCCGCCAAGAAGGACCUCUGGAGCUGCUCGCUUGUCGCGACGCUCGUGCUGCUGACGUCCAUCAACUACUGGCGCCACCCGACGAUGGGCUGGCGACGCAACAUGGACAUGCUGGCCGUCGCGGGCGGCCUCUUGUACCACAUGUACCUCUCGCUCUCGUGCGAGGUGCAGUUUUACCAGUACCUCUACUACGCGCUCAUGGCCAAGUCGGUCUUUUGCUACUUCAAAUCGAUCACGUGCCCGAACAAGAGCAUCUCGUACCUCUGGCACAUUGGCAUGCAUGCGGUCGGGAACCUCGGGACGCUCGCGCUCUACGUCGGCCUCGCGCGCAGCUUGGAAGGAUAG